AUGGAGGCAGGCUUUGUGGAUGAGAAAACAAGUGAGUUUUUGAUAGUGGAUUCACCGAUCAAGCCUGUUUUCAAUUUCCUUCCAAAAGUACAUAAGUCUUUAAUAGAUGUGAAGGGCCGUCCCAUUAUCAGCGGCAUAGGAUCUAUACUAGAGCCUAUGUCACAAUGGCUUGACUCCAUCCUACAGCCAAUGGUCUCUAAAUUGCCAAGCUAUUUGAGAGACACUAAGCAACUUCUGAUUGAACUUGAAUCAGUUGUCUGGCAAAGCCAAUACAGUUGGCUAUCAAUAGAUGUAACAUCCCUGUACUCAUCUAUACCCCAUGACAAGGGUCUGGAAGCUAUUGCUUUUUUCCUGAAAAGGAUGACUGAGUACAGUUCCCCAUUUUGUAGUUACAUCCUCAGAAGCGGGGAAGGUUUCUCAAGCACAAUAACAGGUGAACGCUUUAGGCAUUUUUCAUGCCUGAAUUGUCGAGCAACUUAUGUAGUCUACUUGCUGACCUGUGUACAGUGCGGAGUCCAAUAUACAGGACUCACGACUAGAGAAACAAGGGACAGAAUACGCGAACAUGUAACUAAUAUAAAAGCAGGGAAAUUAACAACACCAUUAGUGCAACACUUUAAAAUGAAACAUGACAAGAGUACAGAUACAAUGAGGUGGACGAUUAUUGAGCAGGAAAUGGCUGGAAAUGUCCCCACUGUACAAGUUUAUUACAAGGCCCUUGUGGAUGGUAUUAAGUCUUUAGAUUUUGAGAACAUAAUACCUUGUACUCUGCAACUAUUAACUGAGAAGGCAUUUGCAUUGCUUGUAAAUAGUGCUGGGAAAACCCUGAUUGCUGCCUCACAACAUGGUAGUGGAAGAGUGAUUGUUCUCCCCAAUAAAGAGUGUCUCAACAUCCCCUCGUUCCAACCAUUCUUCCAAAAUGCUGUGAGUUGGUUAAAGCCCCCCAGUGUCCCUGAGGUCGGGGUGCAGUCGUCGUUUGCCUCUCUGGCUGAGUUCCUCACCAGUAAAGGUCACAAAGUCCAGACCAGUGACACAAUUAACGAGUCAUAUGGUGUUUACUGCACACAUGCUGAUGACCAAUCCCAAACUAAGGAUCUUGUAGAUUUUAUAAAGCAUGGCGGAGGUCUCCUUAUCGCAGGACAACCGGAUACCAGCAGUUCUGAUGUGUUUAAUUCCUAUCCUGGGAAUAAAGUAGCAGGAGUUGCUGGAAUCUACUUCUCCAACAGUUAUUCUACAGCUGGAAGUUACCCAGUCACAGAAAACUUACCGUACCCUCUGCUAGAUGUAAAUGUAUCGGAACUUUCCUCACAUGUUAAAUCGCUUCUGAAUAAUGUUUCCAGUAUAGACGUAGACAAAAUGAUUUCUCCUUCGGCGAUACUAGCACAUGGGUCUCAUGCUUUCACUGUUUGUCAGAAUGAUAACUUUGAGACCGUUAUCGCAGGAGCUCUCUAUGGAAGGGGGCGAGUGCUGGUAAUCGGUCAUGAAGUUCUGCUUAAUUACCCAAAAAACCAAGCCUUUCUCUUAAAUGUUCUCAGCUGGCUUGAUGGUGGAAAGAAUGGAGAGGUGGGUAUAUACAGUAAUUUGUAUCAUUUACGUGACUAUCUCAUUAGUAUUAAUAGAACAGAUAUCAGUACUCGGAUCACCGGCCUCUAUCCCUCUUUGAGUGUGUUUUGUUGUGACUCAUACACUGAAUAUGAUAACGAAGAUGAAAUCUUGGAGUUUGUUGCAGAGGGAGGAGGUCUUCUUAUUGGUGGACACGCCUGGUGGUGGGCUUCCCAAAACCCUACCAAGAAUGCAAUGACUGAUUAUCCUGGUAACAAGCUGUUGAAUAAAAUAGGGAUCAGUAUCCUGAAACACUGUAUAUGUACUAAAACAUUUCCAGUGAUGAAUAGCGACAUAUUCUCUACAUAUUACCAUUUCCAGAGCUUUCUCAUGCAACUUCAGAAUUUCAUCAGAAAAGUAGAUUUAAAUAUUACACUUAGUAAAGACCAGAUCUCAUGGACUCCAACUCUGUACAAACAUUUCAAGUCAUUUCUGAGGUUGUCAUCACAGAAUAUCAUUUCCAUUCAGAGUAUUUUUGAGUCAAUACAGCAGAUGUUCAGUAGCUAUGAGGCUCCAACUCCUACAAAGGAGAAACCACUGAUGAAGUCUUCUAAAGACGGCUGCUUGAUCCAUCUCCUCUCUCUUCUGUAUGAAUAUUAUGCUACAAAGGAUGAACUAAAACUGGCGUGUCUGGAGAAAUUCCCCAUCACACCAGGAAGUCUAGUGGAGAAUGCCAUUAUUGAUGGGAACAACACUGAUUCAAAAAACCUUGUUUGGAAAAGCACCGGAUUUUAUCUUCCUGCCAAGUCAUCGGCUACAUUUAGUUUUCCCGGUAGAGUGACUAACCAAAGCCUGAAGAUUCUGAUUGGAUGCCAUAGUGACAACCUUCUAAAAUGUAACUCUUAUAGCCGGGCCCCUGUGGUCACAUUGUUAGUUCCUGUCACUGACGAGACAAUAAGAGUGGCCAGUCUAUAUGGAGGUCUUGUCUACAUAAUUCUACCUAAACGUGCCAGUCUCGGCCAGUUCAGUGUGACGAUGCAAGGGGUCCAGCGGGCUCCAUUCUUCAGGAAAGGGCAAACAAGCCUCUCUGACUGGUGUGACACAAUACGUCAUUACCCCGCACCCUGGGCUGAGAUGGCAGCAGACAGCCUCAUACUGACUGUGCCGUCACACGUGGCUUCACCUGUGGACAACCCUGAGGAGCUGCUUCAGUUAUGGGAACAAGCAAUGGCUAAAGUGGCAGAAUUGGCAGCAAUACCCAGCUUUCCACGACCAGAAAGAGUAGUGGCUGAUGUGCAAAUAUCAUUGGGUUUCAUGCACAGCGGGUACCCAAUCAUGAUACAUUUGUCAUCUGCUCCUGAUCUAAUGAAUUUAAGUGAACUAAAGAAGAAUGGAUCCUGGGGAAUUAUUCAUGAAUUAGGUCAUAACCAGCAGCAGAACGGAUGGAACUGGUAUCCUUACACGGGAGAGACCACCAACAAUCUGUGGUCAGUGUACGUUCACGAGAAGCUGUUCAACAUACCACGUAGCAAAGCUCAUUGUUCACUUGAGCCAUUAGCAAGAGAGAAAAGGAUGAAGAUGUAUAUGGAUAGAGGCGCUCAGAUAAAGGAUUGGAGUGUGUGGGUUGCCCUAGAAACGUAUCUACAGCUGCAGGAAGCCUUUGGAUGGGAACCGUUCAUUCAGCUGUUUGGUGACUACCAGAAAAUAAAAGAUAUACAAAAUGAUAUGGAGUACAAGAUGAAUCUGUGGGCUGAGCUCUUUUCUCAGAAGGUGAACAAAAACCUGGCUCCUUUCUUUACGACUUGGGGGUGGACGAUCAAACCUGCAGUUUCUGAUAAAUUGUCUGCUCUGCCGGAGUGGGCUGAAAACCCAGUGAAAAAAUAUGAAAAAAAAUAGUUAGAUCAUUGGUGAUUUCUGACUUUUACAUGACCAGUAAACCUGUGUAACCCUGCUGGUGGUUUCAUUAAAAUAUUUACCAAGAA